GCCUUUCGUAGGACACCUCGCACAACUCCGCUUGCCGUCCCCUAUACUGCCAGAAUGGCUGGCCCUGCAAAGGACAAGAAGCAGCAGUCUCUCACCAGCUUCUUCACGAGGCCGAAGCCUGCCACCAGCACCAAAGGCAUCGACAGUCUGCCAUCCUCGUCUCCCCAGGACACCCAAGGCACACCUCGCAAGCGGCCCCUGCAAGAGGACACCGACCACGGCAAUCAAGGAGAGCCUCAUAGCCCGAAACGCUCCAAGCUCGAGGACCUCCCGUCGAGACCGAGCCCCAGGCAACCGCCUGUUUCCAAGCCUGGUGCCCGCACCGAGCGCUACAUCUACAGCUCUAGUUUGUCUCAAGACAAUGGCACUACCACCACCGCGGCCGAAGCACACAGUGGCGACGAGGACGACGCGUUCGAGCGGCGGAGGAAGGCAGAACUACAUCGCAAGUUUGUGCAGAAGCUGGGCCGGCCGGGAAGCUUAGUCCGUCAGCAGACCACUGAAGAGAAUGCAGAGGGCGAAGACGAUGAAGAUGGCCAGGAGGAGGAGUCCACGCCGGCACCAAAGGCAAAGAAGAAAGGUGCGAAGACGGGCAAGCUCACACCCAUGGAGAUUCAGUUCCUCGACAUCAAGCGGAGCCACAUGGACACUCUGCUCAUUGUAGAAGUGGGCUACAAGUUCAAGUUCUUUGGCGAGGAUGCCCGCAUAGCUGCUCGCGAGCUCAGCAUCGUCUGUAUCCCGGGCAAGAUGCGCUACGACGAGCACCCCUCAGAAGCACAUCUUGAUCGCUUUGCCUCAGCCAGUAUUCCAGUGCAUCGCCUGCCUGUCCACGCGAAGCGACUCGUGGCCGCUGGCCACAAAGUGGGUGUCGUGCGACAGGUUGAGACGGCAGCACUCAAGAAGGUCGGCGACAACAGGAAUGCUCCUUUCACUCGUAAACUCACCAAUGUUUACACAAAAGGCACAUAUAUCGACGAGGCAGGCGAGCUGGAUCAGAGCACCACAACGACGCCCUCAGGCGGUUACUUGCUGUGCAUCACAGAGACCAAGGCCAAGGGUUCGGGAACAGAUGAGAAAGUCGAAGUGGGCAUCCUCGCUGUCCAACCGGCUACCGGAGACAUCAUCUACGAUAGCUUCGAGGAUGGCUUCAUGCGGAGCGAGAUUGAGACGAGGCUGUUGCAUAUCUCGCCGUGCGAGUUCUUGAUUGUUGGAGAUCUUACAAAAGCGUCCGACAAACUCAUACAGCACCUGUCUGGUAGCUCAACAAAUGUCUUUGGUGAACGCAGUCGAGUCGAGCGGGUGCCAAAGACGAAAACAAUGGCGGCGGAGUCGUACUCACACGUUACCCAGUUCUACGCCGACAAGUUGAAGGAUAAUGACAGCAGCGCACAGGCAAGCACGCUUCUCGAUAAAGUCCUGAAGCUGCCAGAGCUCGUCACCAUCUGCCUGUCAUCGAUGAUCAAUCAUCUCAAGGAGUACGGACUCGAACAUAUCUUCGACCUGACCAAGUAUUUCCAAUCUUUCAGUGCUCGCCAACACAUGCUGAUCAAUGGCACAACCUUGGAAAGCCUCGAGGUGUAUCGAAAUGCCACCGAUCAUUCCGAGAAAGGCAGUCUGUUCUGGGCGCUCGACAAGACACUCACACGGUUCGGCCAGAGGCUAUUGCGGAAAUGGAUCGGCCGUCCACUCCUUGAUCGAGAACGCCUACAAGAACGUGUCAGUGCCGUUGAGGAGCUGCUCGAGAACGCGUCAACCAGGAAAGUGGAUCAGAUUGAACACCUGCUGCGCAAGACCCGGACGGAUCUUGAACGGAGCUUGAUCCGCAUCUAUUAUGGCAAGUGUACCAGGCCGGAGCUUCUCGCAGUAUUGCAGACGCUUCAGGGAAUAUCCACCGAGUUCGUCAAGGUUCAGUCAGCAGACGAGUCUGGCUUUACAUCACCACUUAUCGGAAACGCUAUCGCCUCACUACCACGGAUUCUGCCAAUGGUCAUCUCUUUCUUGGACAAGAUCAGCGCGGAAGCUGCUCGAAAGGAUGACAAGUAUGCGUUCUUUCGUGAGACCGAAGAGACAGAUGCCAUCACCAACCACAAGCUUGGGAUCGCAUGCGUUGAGCAGGAACUAGAUGCCCAUCGUAACGAGGCUGCAUCCAAACUAGGCAAGAAGUCUCCAGUCACUUACGUCACAGUUGCUGGCAUUGAGUAUCUUAUCGAGGUGUCCAACACCGACCUUAAGAAGGUACCUGCAUCUUGGGCCAAGAUCAGCGGCACGAAGAAGCUUUCAAGAUUCCACACUCCCGAGGUUGUGCGCAUGAUUGCAGAAAGAGACCAACACAAAGAGGCCCUAUCAACAGCCUGUGACGAAGCUUUUGCAGAUCUUCUCCGCACGAUCGCCGCAGAUUACCAGCCGUUGAGAGAUGCUGUCUCCGCUCUGGCCACGCUCGAUUGUCUCAUCUCCAUGUCUAAGGUCGCCAUGCUUCCAGGCUACAACAAGCCGACUUUCCUCCCGUCGUCUGAUCCUCCAACGAUAUCUAUUGCCGGUGGUCGGCAUCCAAUUGCCGAGCAGACCCUCGCCACUUCGUACAUUCCGUUCACCACGACACUCUCAUCUCCCGCGCCACUGGCACACCUGAUCACUGGGCCAAACAUGGGCGGGAAGUCGUCUUUUGUUCGAUCUGUGGCACUCCUCGUGAUCCUGGCUCAGAUUGGAUCUUACGUGCCUGCCGAUUCCUUCUCCCUCACACUGAUGGACGCGAUCUUCACUCGGAUGGGAGCACGCGACAAUCUCUUCACUGGCGAGAGUACAUUCAUGGUUGAGGUCUCGGAGACAUCGAGCAUUUUACGCACCGCCACGCCACGGUCACUAGUGAUACUAGACGAGCUGGGACGUGGCACAAGCACACAUGAUGGUGCUGCCAUCGCAGAUGCCGUUCUGCAGCAUGUGGUCCAGGAUGUCGGCUGUCUCACAUUGUUCAUUACGCACUACCAGUCUCUCUCGCGUGUGGCCGAUGGCCUAGGCGGGCGCUGCAAGAACGUCCAUAUGCGCUUCACAGCGACGAGGAACGGACGGGACACCCGUGACGACGAUGAUGACGACAACGACAGUCCCGCCCCGGAUAAAGAACACACCUCGAGUGGAGGAGCACCGGGAUCAGCAGUAGACGAGGAAAUCACAUUCCUGUACGAAGUCGGCGAGGGCGUCGCUCACCGCUCAUACGGGCUCAACGUGGCGCGGCUCGCCCACAUACCACGCAAGGUCCUUGAUGUCGCUGCGCGCAAGUCGCAGGAGCUGGAGCACGAGAUCAAGAAGCGCAGGCUUGCGGGCUCGGUGCGCCUGCUUGCUGAUGUACUUCAGAACGGGCCUGGAGGGCUUGACCACCUCAUUUCCAGCAUUGAGCAGCUCUGAUUGAGACAGAUGGGUCAAAAUACAAACACUUCUGAGUACGCAAUGUGUUCGGAAUCUCGGGCAUUGGUGUUGGUUGGGGCUGCGGAGAGAGGCUCGACGGAGACGAAUGGCGUCACGGCGUAUGUUUAGGGUGAGCGUUUGGGUUCAAAGACAUAUCAUCACAGGUAGGCUGCAAUUGUUAUGUUGCGCCGCAUGAUCGAGGUAUAAUCGCGUUACGUUCUCCCUCGUCUCAGGUCUUGCAAGUAGAUGAGAAUGCUGGCACAAUCCUUCAUUGCAUGCGACACUGUAGUAUGUGGUAGCUAAAGUUGGUU